GCACAGUUUACGCGCGAAAUGCAGGUUCCCACCCGGAGCGUUGCAGCCAAUGAGGAGUUAGUGUUUGCGUGACGUGUAUCCGGUCGCAGCGUUUUCUCGGAGUUCUCUCAGUGUUUGGCGCCAGAUUCUGUCAGUAGCGGUCGCCAUGGCUCAGGCUCGGGUCACGGAUUACUUCUCUCAGACCAAGCGGCCGGCGGGGCCCGAUGCGGCCAAGCGGCGGAAGGUGCAGCCGGCGGCGGCGGUGGUGGUGGAGAGGGUGGGGACCCGCAGUAAGAAGCCCCGGCUGGAGGAGCUGCUGCAGCCCCCGCGGACCCCGGAGAGAGCCCACGAGACCCCGCGAUGUGUGGGGCCCAGCGGCAAGAAACGGAGCCGGCUGGACUCAGAGCCCGAAACCGGCCCCACCGAGAGGAAAUCAGCCAGGAAGAAACUGCGACUGCCCCGGGAGGGAGAGACCACGGUAACCAAUACACCGGGAACAGCAUGGGGGGGGAGGAGGGGGCAACACGGGGGUGGGGACAAGGGGAGGGAGACCAAGGGGAGGGAGCAGGGUGGGAGAGGGAGACGGUGGGGGGGAGGAGACUUGGGGAGACGGGGUGGGGGCAAGAGGGAGGGAGACUUGGGGAGACGGGGGUGGGGGCAGGGAGAGGAGACUGGGGGAGGGAGGGAGACUUGGGGAGACGGGGGUGGGGGCAAAGGAGGAGAGGAGACUGGGGGAGAGGGAGGGAGACUGGGGAGAGAGGGAGACGGGGUGGGGGGCAAAGGAGGGAGAGGGGGGCAAGGGAGACUGGGGGGGAGGGGGGCAACACGGGGGGGACUACAUAGAAAUUCAGUGUCACUUGUCUAUUAUAAGGGAUUAGACGAGAUAAUCCUUUUUGACUAUUGUGUAUCUCUCAAUCCCAUUAGUUGUUUUCCUGUUGUAUCCCACCUUGCUAUAAUCUUCCUUAUGAUUGCUCUCAGAACUCCCAUUCAUUGUUUGCACUACUUUUUUAAGGUAGAGAGCAUUUUACUUUGCUAUUUGUUCCAGGACUCCCCUGGGUUCGAGCGCAUACUAUUUGCUGUUGGGAUGUAAAUUAUCAGCAUUGUAAUGCUGUUCAUUUUAAUUCUAAUGGAAUCAAUUGAUUGUACUUGAAAUAUGCAAAUUCCAGUGCAUUAGAUUAAGUGGCAUAUUUGCAUUUGGUGACUGGCUGUAAACUGAACUUCACUACUAACUUAGAGGUAUACUAUAGGCACCCAAACCAGUGUCUUGUUUUGUUUUUUUUAAUUUAAGAGAAAAUAUAUAAAUGCAACCUUUGAAACUUUCAGUUGUAUACAAAUAGUCAAAAGCUGAUGGUCCUGUCAACAAUAAAACGGUUUAUUUCUGAAAGUGGAGCAAUUGCCAUGGAAGCAAAGGGAAUCUGUAAAAACAUUUAAUUGAUUUCUGUUCUCACUUUAAAAUUUUGCACAGCAAUUUUGGUGAGGGGUUUAGUUAACACUCUGGUUUAAGAGAGGCCGAAAGAAGUAAAACAUUUGUCGCUUGCCCUCUAUUUGGUUACUGAUGAAAUGGCACAUGCAAUUUAUUUUGUUUGGAAGGGGAACUAAAUGGUUGACUUAAGUAUAGAGACCAGCAAGGGCCACAUCUAGAGUAUGUACCUAUUUAUAAUUAUGCUUUUUGAUUUGGGGGCCAUAGUUCUUUCAAAAUCGCUAUUGAGGUCUGAUUGGUGUGGUUAUUAUUGACAUUUAUAUAGCUCCAACAGAUUCCGUAGCGCUUUACAAUGUUAUGAGAGGGAUUUAACGAUAAAUAGGACAAUUACAAGAAAACUCACAGGAACGAUAGGUUGAUGUGGACCCUGCUCAAACGAGCUUACAGAAUUGUAAUAUAUUUAUAAUUCCUGCAGUUGGAGAAACCAGAAUUUUAAAGGGACACUAUAGUCCUCAAAACCACUACCGCUUAAUGUAGUGCUUCUGGUGUCCUAUUGGCACUAUAAACUCGGCUUUUCAGAGAAAAUGCAGUGUUAAUACAUUGCUGGCUAGUAACAUCUCUAGAUGCUGGCACUCAGACGGCCACUAGUCCAGUGCUGCAGUGUGCGCACCUACGAUCAGUCUUCACGCUCUGCAUGGAGACUCUGAACGCUGCUCACUGCUAAUUAGCACUUUGCAAUGUUUUGCCUUGCAUGUGCAAUAUCCUCAGAAUGCUUUCCUAUGGGAAAGCAUUGGAUUUGUUGAGAUCAAGAUUGGUGAUCUAAGCAAUGGAGGUGGUGCCAGCUGCGGCAAGACCAGCGAGGGAGAAAAGCGGAGUAAACUCACCUUUUCAUUGCACUAUGGGGGUGAUCACCAAAACCACUCCAGCACUAGUUUUAUGAAUAUGUGGUUUUUUAGAAAACUGUAAUGUUCGUUUAAGAUCAAAUAUUAUAAUGGAGUAUUUGUUCUGUUUCUGAACUUGCAUUGAGUAGACCUAGUCUCUAACAAAAUAUUCUGGUCUGCAAAAGGAGAAAAAAAUCCUGGUUAUUUGAACAGUACAGCACUAGUUGGUAGACUUGUGCAAACAUUUGUUUGUCAUUUUGUUAGGAUUACAUGUCUUUUAAACGACACCUAAAUGAAUCGGUAUGUCUGAGAUUUACCGUUGAAAUCUUAUUCAAUUAAUUUAUUAAUGCUCGUAACUUCCAAGAACUAUGCCAAAGUGUCGCUAUUGGACGCUAAUAUUCCAACUUUUGUGUUCAGCCUUCCAGCCCAUGUUCCAAAGUGGAUUUGCAAUGUUUAACUCCGCCAUGCCUGGGAAAGAAGAUAAAAGAUUUGGUCAAUGUGAGGAUUUCUCCAAACAAUGGAUUGACCAGUAAACCGGACACACCUGAACUCAAGGUAUGUUUUUGUUUUUUUUUUUUUGUUUUUUUUUGUUCUGUUAACUUCUAAUCAAACUUGUUUAGAGAAGUGUGUGUAUUUGUAGCUCAAUAUUUCCACUAGCUUUUGACAAGUGAAAAUUUAGUCUUGAAGGGUUUGUCUAUAGUUUGCAGUGGGAAUUACUUCUAAGGCCUGACUAGUAGGACAGCACUACAAAAUACAUAUGAAGAUCUAUAACUUCAGGUAGCAGUCUGUAUGUCUGGUAAACUCCUCUAUGGAAUACUUAAACAUAAUACAUUUUAGUGGUUUUAAUUUUUUUCUUUUAUUAUGUGUUGCUUGGUUAGUCAUCAUAAGUUAUUGAUUUGUUCUUUUAGGCGCAAUCAAAGGAGAAUCUUGUGGAACUAAAAUCUCGCCUGCAGAGGAUUCAGGAAUUGACUCAAAAAGUUAAGCUUCCCCCUGCACCUUCAGAGGGAAAAGUUACUCUCGCUGACCUUAAAGCUAGACUAAAGCGUGCUCAGGAUCUAGAGUCAAAGAUCAGGGAGAAGAAAGCCGAGGAGAAAUUAGAGAUUCCGGGCACUGAUCUGACUGAGCAGACUACAAAGGAAAGGUGAGUGUCUGUCUGAGCCAGUCAAUGCUCGCAGUGUCUUUCAUUCUUGUUGUAGGGCAAGGUAAUAAUGCUGUCUCUUUUUUAUUUUUUUGAUCUAGUGAAAAGGCUCCAGCAUACCAGCGUUUCCAUAACCUUGCCCAAGACGUUCCUCCUGGUCUUUCUCUUCCUUACAAGUACAAAGUCCUGGGAGAGAUGUUCCGCAGCAUGGACACAAUUGUGAGCAUGCUUUUCAACCGCUCGGAGACUGUCACUUUCUCCAAAGUCAAGCAAGGUGUCCAAGACAUGAUGAGAAAGUAAGUGGGUGUUUUGAGUUAUGUAGUUGCAUCCUUUCGUUCUAUAAUUUUAUUUUAUUUUUUAAUUGCUUCUGUAUUCUUUCAGGCAAUUUGAGGAGCACAACGUGGGUCAAAUAAAGACUGUGUAUCCAAAUGGAUACACCUUCAGACAGGAGAAAAACAUCCCUACGUUUAAGAAUGGGAUGAAAAAGACAGACUUUCAGCUUACUAUGGAACCUAUUCUUGAAGAUGGUGAGUUACUUCAGAUCAAGCUUUGUAUAAUUGUGUUGAGACUGCCAAUAUUAAUUAUUUAGCAAAUUAGUAUUAAUACUAAUAUCGGAUUUCCUUGGUUUCUCCUACUUACAACUUUUUUUUUUUUUUUUUAACUUUUACUCUCCAGGGGAUAAAGUGGAUGGAUGCCUCCAGCUCACAGCAUCGCGCUUGCUACAACGCAGGUGUCUGUUUAACAGGAAUCUGAUUAGUAUAGUCAAGAAGCAUCACAAGGUAUGUCACGAACAGGCUAUUAACUUUCAUCAUGCUUGCUAGUGGGUAGCUAGUUAUUUUGCACAAAAACGACUAAUUUCUUGUUUUUCCUAAAUGUCCCCUCAAAGAGUGCUAACACACCAGUGUAAAAGGAAUAGUAGAAAGUUUUAUCAUAAACGCCCACUGUUCAAGAAAGUGAAUUUCUGUUGACAAAUGUAGCUUGUGCUAGAUCCAUUUUUCUUAUUGAUCAGAAAAUUGCUUCCUUGAAUGCUUAUAUAGUGAUUUAUUUUUUACUUUAAUGUGCUUGCACUAAAACUAAUGCUUGUUUGCAUGUAGGUGUUCCUGGAAACUUUGGAUCCCCCACUGUUGGUGCCAGAUGACAAGCUGUCCCGUUGGCAUCCACGUUUUAAAGUUGAUGAGGUGCCAGAGAUCGAAGCAGCUGAACUUCCAUUGCCUCCGCAGACAGAGAAACUUACAACUGCUCAAGAUGUGUUGUCUAAGGCACGAGGAGUGAUGACACCAAAGGUAAGAAGGUUCUGUAAGUUGUCUGCGGUGCCAAAGUAUGGCUGGAAACACAUCUAUAAUAUGAAAUCUGUAUUUUUGAUCAGUUUUAGCUUUAACUGCAAAUUUAAUGUAUCUUAACUUGGUUAUGGUUUGCCAAUGAUGAAUACAUAUUCAAUGUAAUCUUAUGAACUUACCAAUUUAAGUGAACACUGUGCUUUUACUAGGACAGUGCUUAGAAUGUAUAUCUAAACUGCAUGACUAAAUGGUUUUUCUGACUUCCUGCAGAUGGAAAAGGCUUUGGCUAACCUGGCGUUGCGAGCCACGGACACUGGUAGUGCAGAAACUAAACCUGUACCUCCAGUGGAGGAUAAACCAAAUACAUCAAGUGCUCUCAAAGGAGUGUCCCAGUCCCUGCUUGAGAGGGUAUGUGUUUAACAUUAAGUCGCUUACUAGUUUUAUGUAAAACUGUAACAAUGCUUUCCAAAUGGCUGCCAUUUAUAUAUCUUUGCCUUACUGUACUGGAUUGACUAUAUCACUCAUACAUUGUGGUGAUGGCGGUGAGAUAUGUACAUUGGGCGGCAAUGUUUGUGACUAUCUCCUCAGAACUACCUCAGUAUUUCAAUUUUUUUGAAUAACACCCACAUUUGCCUGAUGGCUGUAGAUUGCAAGCUACUACAUUAUUGCCCCGUCUUUGAUGCUUUUGAAAUGCAUAUGGCAUCCUGAUGUUACAAGAAAUUGUAGUGUUCGAGUGAACUAGUAACUUGUAGCACAAGGAUCCGUAUAAAUACUGAACGCUUGUGGCAUGUGUAUGUAUGUCAUGGACAUGAUUAGGUUAAGGGUAUAAGCCUAUAUGACACAGUACUUUUAACCUCUGUAAAUUUGCAUCAACUUUAUUGUAAUUUUCUGUUAUAAAAUCUACUCUUUGCAUGAUAAAUACACCUAAACUGUUAAUAACCAUGUGUAGCUUGACUUGCCAAAUACAUAACUUGUUUCAUUUAAUAUUUACAAAAGAUUCGGGCCAAAGAGGCGCAGAAGCUGCAAGCUGUGAUGACUCGUCGACCCCAGCAAGAAGAGAAACUCCUCAUGAUGUCCAGAAUGCCAGAGCUGGCACGUAUCCUGCGCAAUGUGUUUGUGGCAGAAAAAAAGCCUGCGCUGUCGGUUGAGGUAGCUUGCAACAGAGUUAUCUCCAGUUACCACUCAUCAAUGUCUUCAGGUGAGCUUAUCCUCCACACUAAAACAAUCUAUAAUUUUAAAAAAUGUUUGCACCCUCCAAUCCGAAUUGGUGCAUUGUUCAGUAACAGAAUUUUGCAUGGCAGCUCUAAGCCAGCAUUCAUACUAAUGAAAGUAUGGAGAAAGUGUAUGACCCCUGCAUAUGUUAUCAGCAGAUGGAAAUGUCUAGUUAAGUGUGGUGGUGGGAAGACUAAGUCCAAAUACACUGUAUGGUUAGAAGGGGUAAACGGGCACAGUCUGUGAGGCAGAUGGAAGAAUGCUGAAAGCACUAGUAUAUUGGUAAUUAACCAUAACUUGAUAGUUGCUAGAGUGCUGAGAAUGGACAACUGCUCAAUAAGCCUGCCCUUUUUUGGGUCCCUGCUUAGUUCUUAAGCUGGUUUUAGCUCAUUUUGUGCCAUUACAGAGAAAUCCAGGCCAUGUAUCUUGCACUGAUUCAAUCCAAAAGGGUAGAACAGAUCCAGAAUAUAGGCCAGCACUCUACUAAUAAUCCUACUGAGUGGCUGUCUCUCUCGUGCAGUUAUAUGGCACUAACCUCUUCAGCCGCACUUUCAAGUUGUCUUGCCCAGUGACAAUUGCUGGUAAGGUUGCCAGAUUGGAAUAGCUGGCUAUGCAGAGAUCAGUCUCUCGAACUCAGAAGAAAUUCUAACAUUUCAGACGUUUGUUUUAAUGCAAGCUGUACAUUUAAGGUAUUUGGAAAAUAUUUUAAGUCAUCCUUUUGCCAGUCAUUGUGUUAAAUUGUACUUUAUUUCCUAUACAGGAGAAAUGGAGAAACAUCUUGCAUUUUUAUCAGAACUUCUUCCUGAUUGGCUAAGCAUUCAUCCAGUACGAAAGGACACCUACUAUAAACUAAAUAAACAUACAGACCUUAAUCUAAUCAUGGAACGUCUGGCCAAGGCUGUGAAAGAAGAAGAAUUAAAGUGAACAUACUGGUAUCCCCCUCUCAGAGUGCUUUCUUUCUCCCCUCUACAAGCAACUAUUUUUACUGAAAGACUUGGUACCACAGACAUUUGAUUCUACAAUUCAUCCCCUUACUUUCCAUGAUCAUCAUUCUGUUGAACUGAACUUCUUCGUCUGAAAGGCAAAUGUGGACUGCAGUUUAGUGCAAAUUGCUUCAAAUCAUGAUUUUAACUUUUUUUUUUUUUGCAUUUUUCUUAUACCAAUACUAGGAUUAAGGAAAAAAAAAUCAAAACGUUAUUGGGAAUUCACAAUGGUUCCAGUCAACGUAGUCCCACUGAUAAACGUAAACAUUUCUGAGGGUUUGCUAUAUGAUAAAUCCGUGUCCUCUUAAUGGAAUACAAUCAUAUGUAAACAGGGGUGCGUUUUUAGUUCUGUUCCAGUUUGCAUUCUGAAGAAAAUCAAAUCCUCUUGGUGUCUCUGAAUAGCAUGUUGGCACCUUUCUUAAAGAUCAAUUAUGGGACAAAAGUUCUAGAAGUGGGAACAUGUUUGCACCACUUCUAGCACUUUGACCCAGAACUGAUCUUUCCACAAUAACUAGUUUUAACUGUUACACUAUUUCCAUUAGUUGCUAGGUUUGUCACUACAACUGACGUGAGAUUUUUGGGGUGAUAAUGUAAUGGGAGUUGUCCAUGAUAUAAAGUGACAUAGGUUUGCCAUCUGGUUAUGGAGCUAAACAAACAUUUUGCACAUGUAAAUAAGUGGUUUUUUGUAUCUACUGGUUAUUGUGUUUUUAUUACUGUGAAAAGCAAAUGUUCUUGUUCAUUGAAGUGCUCUUUGGAUUAAACAAAUUUGCAAUAUAUUGCUUGUCUUUCAUUUUUGAUUAUAUUGGACAUGUCUCACUUUUACUAAUGUAAGAUGGUGAACAGUGCAUUAGUCGCAUUCUCAAAUGCUCCCAUGUUCCUUUUUAUAGAUACAUUUUCAAAGCUUUCAUUUUGUAAUGAU